AUGGCUAAAUGUUCAUCGAGACAAGUUCUCUUUCUGAUUUUUAAUUUCUUAUUUCUGUGUCUAGGUCUAGGACUUGUUGGGUUUGUGACCUGGACCCUGGCUACCAUUCCUAAUGCUAAUGAAUUCAUAUCUGGUACACAUGUAGUAACUUUGACCAGCUUUUGCCUUGGGAUUGUGAUACUCGUUAUAGGAGGAAUAGGCUGUGCUGCUGGUUUCUGUAAGGGACUAUGUAUACUAAAAACGUAUGUCGGAUUCAUGUUGACCCUACUGUUCCUGGAACUCGGACUAAUAUUUUUUAUUUAUGCCGAAAAAUCGCAGAUCCCUAGCGUCAUAGUGGAGUCUUGGGACGGGCUGAAUACAGACACACAGUAUAAGAUUCAGAGUGAGUUGGAGUGCUGCGGUAUAGAAAACUACACAGAGUACGGAACAGACGUGGAAUCGUACCCUUCUAGCUGCUUUGUAGUAUAUGACGUCACAGGCAUCAUCGAAAAAACAGUCGACAAUCUCUUCACGGCGGACUGUCUGACUCAGAUGCAAAACUGGCUGAAUGACCACGUUCCGAUAUGGGUUUCUGUCCUCGUGGCCAUUGCUGUAAUAGAGUGCUUAAGCGGCAUCACCUCGUGUAUAUUUCUUCAAAGAAUUCACAAGAAGUUGAAGGUCGAACCUGAUGACGACGAGGACGGGACAAAUGUUGAUACAGAAAUGGCGGUCAUGGAGACAGGUGCAUCGAACGAUGGAAACUCCGAGGACACUUCGAAUCAGGGAAAUGAGGAAAGAGACAAUUCUAAUGGUUUGAUUAUUGUGACCCCAGCACCGGACCAAUAUAUCAAAGACAAUACAACAAUUGACUACCUAAGUGAGAAUGACUUAGAGACAUUGUCAACAAAAUCUAACGUCGAUGAAAAAGAACAAACAACUGAUGUUGGAAACUCUCAUUCUAGUAUUAAUGGCCCUAGCCUGAUAGUUGUAUCUUCUGCUUCAAAACAAGAAGCAGCUGUGAAGGAAACCAAAGAAUCUGUUACUGACACAGACGUAGAAGUCACAAAUCAUACACAAAUGGCCCCCGAAGAUCAAAAAGACACUAGAAAAGAGGAAAACGGUGAAGAUUCAGUUUCCAUUGAAAGUACAUCCGACCAACCUGUUGUGAUUGUGGCCUCUGUUACUAACGGAGAAACGUGUGCAAUAAAGAAAAGUGAUGCCAUUGUUGAAGACAAAUACAAGUCAUCAGAACAGGAUAAAGUGGAGGAGUCAGAAGACUUGAACGAAGGGGAUGAGAAAAUUGACAAUAGUAGUACACAAGAUCAAGUUAUGAUUGCAGUCAUCGCAGGAUCGAAGACGGAUUCAUCCAAGGAAACGGAAGGAAAUGGUUUAGUAGAAAAUGAUCAAGUGGAUGUUGUUACACAGCCGUCUCCUAGUGACGAAGGAAAACAUGAAAGUCUAACUGAUCAGACACUGGAAAUGAAUACUUCAGCUUCAGUUGCAGAGAUGUCUACCGAAAACGAAACAACAGAGUUACCUUUGUCAGAUGACAUUGUCACACCAGACGGUAAAGCCCAAAACACAUCGUUAGAGGAGAACAACGACAGAAACACAGUCGAUACCGAUUCAAUUCGUAGUUCACCGGAUCCUAGCUUGUUACUGCUUGCCUCUGUUAAAAAGCUUGACGCUAACGAAAAGGAAACUAAGGACACUGUUGCUGACAUAGAAAUGGAUGCAGAAGUAUUGACACAAAUGACACCCAAAGAUGAUGAACAAGGAAGUGGUUCCAUUCAAUGUGAAUCCGACCCGUCAUCGAUGUCUGUCAUACCGAAGGACGAAAUGAUUACGGAACGGAAAUCAGACGCGGAAGAAGCAGUGAACGAAGAUGUCAUCUCGAACCAGAAGGAACUCGAUGCGUCACUGAUUGUGAUGGCUUCUAUGUGUCAAAGUGAAACAUCAACAGUACAGGAACUCAAAGAUUCUACCGAAAAGAGCGAUGCCGUGUCGACACAUAUGAAUACAGAUAAUAUCACAGACAAUGGCGAGGAGGAUAUCUCUAACGAAAUCAGUCACGAUGGUGUAGGUGACUCUCAUUCUAGUAUCAAUGGUCCUCCCCUGGUAGUUGUAUGUUCUGCGUCAGAAAAUGAAGCAGCUGUGAAAGUAACCAACGAUUCUGUUACCGGCACAGACGAAGAAAUCACAAAUCACACACAAAUGGCCCAAGAAGAUCAAAAAGACACUAGAAAAGAGGAAAACGAUGAAGAUUCAGUUUCCAUUGAAAGUACAUCCGACCAACCUGUUGUGAUUGUGGCCUCUGUUACUAACGGAGAAACGUGUGCAAUAAAGAAAAGUGAUGCCAUUGUUGACGACAAAUCCGAGUCAUCAGAACAGGAUAAAGUGGAGGAAUCAGAAUACUUAAACGAAAGGGAUGAGAAAAUUGACAAUACUAGUACACAAAAUCAAGUUAUGAUUGCAGCCAUCGCAGGAUCGAAGACGGAUUCAUCCAAGGAAACGGAAGGAAAUGGUUUAGUAGAAAAUGAUCAAGUGGAUGUUGUUACACAGCCGUCUCCUAGUGACGAAGGAAAACAUGAAAGUCUAACUGAUCAGACACUGGAAAUGAAUACUUCAGCUUCAGUUGCAGAGAUGUCUACCGAAAACGAAACAACAGAGUUACCUUUGUCAGAUGACAUUAUCACACCAGACGGUAACGCCCAAAACACAUCGUUAGAGGAGAACAAUGACAGAAACACAGUCGAUACCGAUUCAAUUCGAAGUUCACCUGAUCCUAGCUUGUUACUGCUUGCCUCUGUUAAAAAGCUUGACGCUAACGAAAAGGAAACUAAGGACACUGUUGCUGACAUAGAAAUGGAUGCAGAAUUAUUGACACAAAUGACACCCAAAGAUGAUGAACAGGGAAAUGUUUCCAUUCAAUGUGAAUCCGACCCGUCAUUGAUGUCUGUCAUACCGAAGGACGAAAUGAUUACGGAACAGAAAUCAGACGCGGAAGAAGCAGUGAACGAAGAUAUUAGCUCGAACCAUAGGGAACUCGAUGCGUCACUGAUUGUGAUGGCUUCUAUGUGUCAAAGUGAAACAUCAACAGUACAGGAACUCAAAGAUUCUACCGAAAAGAGCGAUGCCGUGUCGACACAUAUGAAUACAGAUAAUAUCACAGACAAUGGCGAGGAGGAUAUCUCUAACGAAAUCAGUCACGAUGGUGUAGGUGACUCUCAUUCUAGUAUCAAUGGUCCUCCCCUGGUAGUUGUAUGUUCUGCGUCAGAAAAUGAAGCAGCUGUGAAAGUAACCAACGAUUCUGUUACCGGCACAGACGAAGAAAUCACAAAUCACACACAAAUGGCCCAAGAAGAUCAAAAAGACACUAGAAAAGAGGAAAACGAUGAAGAUUCAGUUUCCAUUGAAAGUACAUCCGACCAACCUGUUGUGAUUGUGGCCUCUGUUACUAACGGAGAAACGUGUGCAAUAAAGAAAAGUGAUGCCAUUGUUGACGACAAAUCCGAGUCAUCAGAACAGGAUAAAGUGGAUGAAUCAGAAUACUUAAACGAAAGGGAUGAGAAAAUUGACAAUACCAGUACACAAAAUCAAGUUAUGAUUGCAGCCAUCGCAGGAUCGAAGACGGAUUCAUCCAAGGAAACGGAAGGAAAUGGUUUAGUAGAAAAUGAUCAAGUGGAUGUUGUUACACAGCCGUCUCCUAGUGACGAAGGAAAACAUGAAAGUCUAACUGAUCCAACACUGGAAAUGAAUACUUCAGCUUCAGUUGCAGAGAUGUCUACCGAAAACGAAACAACAGAGUUACCUUUUUCAGAUGACAUUGUCACACCAGACGGUAAAGUCCAACACUCAUCGUUAGAGGAGAACAACGACAGAAACACACAUGAUACCGAUUCAAUUCGAAGUUCACCUGAUCCAAGCUUGUUACUGCUUGCCUCUGUUAAAAAGCUUGACGCUAACGAAAAGGAAACUAAGGUCACUGUUGCUGACAUAGAAAUGGAUGCAGAAGUAUUGACACAAAUGACACCCAAAGAUGAUGAACAAGGAAGUGGUUCCAUUCAAUGUGAAUCCGAACCGUCAUCGAUGUCUGUCAUACCGAAGGACGAAAUGAUUACGGAACGGAAAUCAGACGCGGAAGAAGCAGUGAACGAAGAUGUCAUCUCGAACCAGAAGGAACUCGAUGCGUCACUGAUUGUGAUGGCUUCUAUGUGUCAAAGUGAAACAUCAACAGAACAGGAACUCAAAGAUUCUACCGAAAAGAGCGAUGCCGUGUCGCCACAUAUGAAUACAGAUAAUAUCACAGACAAUAGCGAGGAUGACAUCUCUAACGAAAUCAGUUCCGAUAGUGUAGGUAACUCUCAUUCUAUUAUCAAUGGCCCUCCCCUGAUAGUUGCAUCUUCGGCUUCAGAAAAUGAAACAGCUGUGAAAGAAACAAACGAUUCUGUUACCGGCACAGACGUAGAAGUCACAAAUCAUACACUAAUGACCCCCGAAGAUCCAAAAGACACUAGAAAAGAGGAAAACGAUGAAGAUUCAGUUUCCAUUGAAAGUACAUCCGACCGGCCUGUUGUAAUAUUGGCCUCUGUUACUAACGGAGAAACGUGUGCAAUAAAGAAAAGUGAUUCCAUUGUUGACGACAAAUCCGAGUCAUCAGAACAGGAUAACGUGGAGGAUUCAGAAUACUUAAACGAAAGGGAUGAGAAAAUUGACAAUACUAGUACACAAGAUCAAGUUAUGAUUGCAGCCAUCGCAGGAUCGAAGACGGAUCAUUCCAAGGAAACGGAAGGAAAUGAUUUAGUAGAAGUGGAUGUUGUUACACAGCCGUCUCCUCCUAGUGACGGAGGAAAACAAGAAAGUCUAACAGAUCCGACACUGGAAAUGAAUACUUCAGCUUCAGUUGCAGAGAUGUCUACCGAAAAGGAAACAACAGAGUUACCUUUUUCAGAUGACAUUGUCACACCAGACAGUAACGCCCAAAACACAUCGCUAGAUGAGAAAAAUGACAGAAACACAGAUGAUACCGAUUCAAUUCGAAGUUCACCUGAUCCUAGCUUGUUACUGCUUGCCUCUGUUAAAAAGCUUGACGCUAACGAGAAAGAAACUAAGGACACUGUUGCUGACAUAGAAAUGGAUGCAGAAGUAUUGACACAAAUGACACCCAAAGAUGAUGAACAAGGAAAUGUUCCUAUUCAAUGUGAAUCCGACCCGUCAUCGAUGUCUGUCAUACCGAAGGACGAAAUGAUUACGGAACAGAAAGCAGACGCGGAAGAAACAAUGAGUGCAGAACAAUCCGAGAUCAAUGAUAUGAUAAAAGACGACAAAAAUGCAACAGGCGAAGCUAUAAGCUCGAUCCAGAAGGAACUCGAUUUGUCACUGAUUAUGAUGGCCUCUGUGUGUCAAAAGGAAACGUCAGCUGCGAAGGAACUCAAUGAUUCUACUGAAAAUAUCGAUGCCGGGUCGACACAUAUGAAUACAGAUGGUAUCACAGACAAAGGCGAAGAUGGAGAUGACACACCUAGAGACCUGAUUUACGAUGGCAAAAGUGAUGAAGGAGACAUUUCUGGGUCAUCUUUGUUAGAAGAAAAGACGUUGUCAAAAAAAGAAGAAAGUAAAAAGAUAGGUCUUAUGGACAAUAACGAAGAAGAAAUGAAGCUUGUUAGUGACCAUAAUGAUAUAAAAAAUGAAAUCGUAGAAGACAAAAUAACGCCUGCAAUGUCUCAGGUGGUUUACGUUUCCGUACAUGACGAUGAAACAACUCCAAGGGAAGAAUUCGGAAAACCAGAGGAUCACUUGAAACUCAACGGACUGACAGGAGAUAGCAGCAAUAAUGAAGACAUCGAAGACAUUAAUACUUAUACUGAAAAUGAAACGAACGAGACUUUUUCUCCGUCACAUAUUGUUCCCGUCGAAAUAAAGGACGAGAGCAAAGAUGAGACUAAUGAUGGAAAUAUUUUUCACCAAGAUUUAUCAGAUUCCACUUCGGAACUGAUUGCAUCAGCAUCAGUUGAACUUACUCCUGAAAAUGAUAGGUUCGCCGGAUGUUUAUCAUUACAAGGAGAAAAGGAAAUAUCAACUUCAGCAGCAUCUGGUAACGAGCAAAACACUAAAAAUAUGGAAAACAAAGACAUGGACAAAGACGUACUGGUUCAUGUUGAUAGUAGCGAUGUGUCACAGGAUAAUAAAGAAGGCAGAACUAAAGAUGAAAAUCAUACUCAUGAUAGCAUAAAUCCUAUUUUGGAACUCGUAGCGUUGGCACCAAGAGAUGAAGCUUCUGGAAUUGAUGUUACCUCAGGCAAACCAGAGAUCGAUCAGAUGGCGUCCACUGAUCUGAAAUCUGACAUCAAUAUAUCAGUUACAAGCGAUGAGAAAUUGGAACUAGCAUCGCCAUUGAUAAUACCGGAGGCGUCUUUCAUCAAGAGAAACGAUUUAGCUGAAAAAGAACAAAUAAACUCAUUUACAAUUGAGCAACAGACAAAUAGUGAAAAUAUAGGGCCAGAUGAAACAGUGGAUAUCGCAGAAAGCGCGGGCCUUGGCAAAAUCGCGGAAAUGUUAUCCAACGACAUUGUAAUUAAACAAGACCUACCAGAUUCCGUUUCUGUGACAUUAACUGAUGAAUCAGGUGGAAAAGUGGAAAACAUAGACAACACAGAAAACAAAGAUAUCGACAAAGAAGUAUUGGAGCCUGUUGAUAGCAGCGAUGUGUCAGGGGAUUAUAGAGAAAGAACUGAAGAUAAAGAUCACAAUAUCGAGGGAAUGAAUUCUACAGCGGAACUCGUUGUUUCGGCAUCAACAGAUGAAGCCUCCAGAGCUACUGUUGCUCCAACAUCUUCGAGAGAAGACAUCACUGGAAAUAUAGGGAUCGAUCAGGUUACGUCUGCUGAUUUGACUUCUGACAUCAAUAUUGCAAGUACAAGAGAUGAGAAUCUAGAACUACUAUCGCAGAUGAUAAUACCGAAGGCAUCCUUAAUCGACAGCAACGAGGUUUCUAAAACAGAACAAAUCAGCUCAUCAACAACGGAGAAAGAGGAUAACGAUAAAACGGAGGAAACAGCUGACGACAAUAAUAUAAGUUAUUUCACAGUUGAUACCGCGCUGGAUCAGAGUGUUCUGAAGACAAAUAGCGAAAAUAUAGAACCAGAGAAAUCAGGGAAUAUCACGGAAAAUGCGGGCCUUGACAAAACUUCAUUGGAGACGAUACAGAAUGGUGUCACGACAUAUGGUAGCAAAUCGAAAAUAGAGAAUGACAUCAUACUAUACACGAGUCUACAUGGUGCUUCUUUGGAUCUAGAUACUGUGAGAUCAAACGAUCUAAUCUCAGACGAAAACCCAGAUUUUGUAGAAACGGAAGGUUUUGAAACAUUGCAGCCUUUGUCUCUCACCGAUGUACCACAGCACAGAAGAGAUGAAGCAGCUGAGGACAAGGCUCACAAUAAAGACACAUACAAUAUAACACUUGAACAAGUUAUUUCGGUAUCUGAAGAUACAGCCGGAUCACUAACCCUUCUUCCUGGUGACUCUAAAAAAGGUGUCGUUGAAUCUGUUAAUGUGACAAACGAUAACAAUAAUGGAACCACAUUCGAAUCAGCUGUGAUUGAUGUUUCUGCAGGAGAACAAUUUAAAGUCAUAUCCGAAUCAAUAGAAUCAAUAAAGAAUGACCAAAUCACAAAGGAAAACGAGGAGAUAAUAUCAAACGAUAUUGUUCCCAAAGAAGACCUACUGGAUUCUUUUGUGGAGUCUGCUUCUGUGACAUCAACAAAUGAACCAUAUGGAAAAGUUGAAGACAUAGGUAAAACUGAAAACGAAGACAAGGAAGUAUUGGAUCCUAUUGAUAGUAGCGAUGUGUCAGAGGAUGAUAAAGUGGGCAGAACUGACGUUGAAGAUAGUAGUCAUGAGAGAAUGAAUCCUACUAUGGAACUCGCAGCUUCAGCAUCAACAGGAAAAGACAUCACAGACACAAUAGAGAUCGAUCUCAUUGGCUCCGGUGAUCUGAAGUCUAACAUGAACGUUGCAAUUUCAAGCGAUGAGAAAUUGGAACUAGCACCAUCGUUGACGAUACCAGAAGCAUACUUAAUCGUUAGAAAUGAGUUAUCUGAAAAAGAACAAAUCAGCUCAUUAACAACGGAGAAAGGGAAUAACGAUGACAAGGAUGACAAAACCGAUGAAAAUAUUUCAAAUAACUUUACUGUUGAUAUCGCGCUGGAUCAAAGUGUUCUGAUGACAAAUAGGGAAAGCACAGGACCAGAGGAAACAGGAAAUAUCACAGAAAAUGUGGGCCUUGACAAAACGUCAUUGGAGACGAUACAGGAUGCGGAGCAAGUUGAUUUAGCAUCUGAACAUGCAGCUAAAUCUCUUACCAAUCUUCCAAACCACUCCGAAAAAGACAUCGAUAAGUCUGUUGAUGUGAAAAGCGAUAACAAUGAAGACACUAUACACGAAUCAGAUAUAGCUGAGGUUUCCCCUGGAGAAGAAUGCAAAAUUAUAUCCGAUUCAUUAGAGAAUGCCGACAUCACAAAGGAAAACGAGGAAGUGUUAUCUCACGACCUUGUUUUCGAACAAAGCCUAUCGGAUUUUUCCGUGGAAUCCGCUUCUGUGACAUUAACUAAUGAAACGUCCGGAGAAGUUGAAAACAUAGAUAACACCGAAAACGAAGAUACAGAUAAAGCAGUACCGGAUGAUUUUCAUAUCAGCGAUGUUUCACAGGAUAAUACAGUAGACACAACUGAAAAUAAAGAGAAUAAUCAUGGUAGAAUGAAUCCUGCGUUGGAAAUAACAGCUUUGGCAACAACAAAUGAAGGACCUAUACUCAAUGUUGCUGCGAAUAUCCCGGGAGAAGACAACACAGGCACAGUAGAAAUCGAUGAAAUGGCGUCCUCUGAUAUGAAGCCUUACAUGAACACUGCGAUUACAAGCGAUGGGAAAUUGGAACUAGCACCAUCGUUGACGAUACCAGAGGCAUACUUAAUCGACAGAAACGAGUUAUCUGAAAAAAAGCAAAUCAGCUCAUCAACAACGGAGAAAGGGAAUAACGAUGACAAGGAUGAAAAAACCGAUGAAAAUAGUUUGAAUAACUUUACUGUUGAUAUCGCGCUGGAUCAAAGUGUUCAGAUGACAAAUAGCGAAAGCACAGGACCAGAGGAAACAGGAAAUAUCACAGCAAAUGUGGGCCUUGACAAAACGUCAUUGGAGACGAUACAGGAUGCGGAUAUGACAAAUGGUACCGAAAAGGAAAUAAUGAAAGACAACAUUCUACGCACCAGUCAGCAUUGUGCUUCUUUGGAUCUAGGUACUGUGAUAUCGAACGGUUUUAACUCAACAACAUUGCAGCCUUUACCUCUCACUGAUGUAACACAGCACAAAAACGAUGAAGCAGUUGAGGACAAUGCUCACAGUAAAGAUACACAUGAUACAACACUUAAACAAAUUGAUUCAGUACCUGAAGAUGCGGCCAAAUCUCUUACCAUACCUCCAAGCGACUCCGAAAAAGACGUCGAUGAGUCUGUUGAUAUGAAAAGCGAUAACAAUGAAGAAACCAUACACGAAUCAGAUAUAGUUGAGGUUUCCCCUGGAGAAGAAUGCAAAAUUAUAUCCGAUUCAUUAGAGAAUGCCGACAUCACAAAGGAAAACGAGGAAGUGUUAUCUCACGACCUUGUUUUCAACCAGAACCUACCGAAUUUUUCUGUGGAAUCCGCUUCUGUGAUAUCAACUAGUGAAACGUCCGGAGAAGUGGAAAACAUAGAUAACACCGAAAACGAAGAUACAGACAAAGUAGUUCCGGAUGAUUUUCAUAUCAGCGAUGUCUCACAGGAUAAUAAAGAAGACACAACUGAAGAUAAGGAGAAUAAUCACGAUGGAGGGAAUCCCACGUUGGAAAUUUCAGCUUUGGCAACAACAAAUGAAGGACCUAGACUCAACGUUGCUGCGAAUUCCCUGGGAGAAGACAGCACAGGCAAAAUAGUGAUCGAUCAAAUGGCGUCCGCUGAUCUGAAGCCUGACAUGAAGGCUGCGAUUAUAAGCGAUGAGAAAUUGGAACUAGCGCCGUCGUUGACGAUACCAGAAGCAAACUUAAUCGACAGAAACGAGUUAUCUGGAAAAGAAAAAAUCAGCUCAUCGACUACGGAGCGAGUGGAUUACGAUAAAAAGGAUGAAAAAACCGAUGAAAAUAGUUUGAAUAACUUUACAGUUGAUACCGCGCUGGAUCAAAGUGUUCUUAUGACAAGUAACGAAAGCACAGGACCAGAGGAAACAGGGAAUAUCACAGAAAAUGCGGGCCUUGAUAAAACUUUAUUGGAGACGAUACAGGAUGGAGAAAUGACAGAUGGUACCCAAAAAGAAAUAAUCAACGACAACGUUCUCAACAAGAGUCUCAAGGAUGAUUCAUUUGAAUUAGAUAAUGUGAUGUCAGCAAAUGGAAUCUCGGGAGAAAAGGAAAACACAGAGUUUGCGGAAACGGAAGAUUUAGAAAAAUCCACUCGGCACUCAUUCAGUCCGACGAAUGCAUCACAGCACAUAAAUGAGGAAGCAGUUGAGGACAAAACUAACAACCAGGAUACAGAUAAUACCACAAAGGAACAAGUUGAUUCAGUACCUGAACAUGCAGCCAAAUCUCUUACCAUUCUUCCAGGCGACUCCGAAAAAGACAUCGAUGAGUCUGUUGAUGAGAAAAGCGAUACCAUUGAAGAAACUAUACACGAAUCAGAUGUGGUUGAGGUUUCCCCUGGAGAAGAAUGCAAAAUCAUAUCCGAUUCAUCAGAGAAUGUCGACAUCACAAAGGAAAACGAAGAAGUUUUAUCCCACCACCUUGUUUUCAACCAAAGCCUACCGGAUUUUUAUGUGGAAUCCGCUUCUGUGAUAUCAACUAGUGAAACGUCCGGAGAAGUAGGAAACAAAGAUAACACCGAAAACAAAGAUAUGGAUAAAGAAGUAUUGGAUCCAGUUGAAAGUAACAAUGUGUCCCAAGAAAAAAAUGAGGGCCAAAUUGAAAACGAAGAUCACAACCCUGAAAUAACGAAUCUUACUUUGGGACUUGCAGUUCCGAUAUCUACAGAUAAAGCUUCUGGAAUCAAUGUUGAUUCAGGCACAAUAGAGAUCGAUCAAAUGGUGUCCGCUGAUCUGAAGUCUGACAUGAAUACUGUGGUUACAAGCGAUGGGAAAUUUGAACUAGCGCCGUCGUUGACGAUACCAGAAGCAUACUUAAUCGACGGAAACGAGUUAUCUGGAAAAGAACAAAUCGGCUCAUCAACAACGGAUCUAGUAAAUAACGAUGACAAGGAUGAAAAAAUGGAUGAAAAUAGUUCGAAUAACUUUACAGUUGAUACCGCGCUGGAUCAAAGUGUUCUGAUGACAAAUAGCGAAAGCACAGGACCAGAGGAAACAGGGAAUAUCACAGAAAAUGUGGGCCUUGAUAAAACUUUAUUGGAGACGAUACAGGAUGUGGAUAUGACAGAUGGUACCAAAAGAGAAAUAGUCAACGACAAUGUUCUCAACAAGAGUCUCAAGGAUGAGUCGUUCGAAUUAGAUAAUGUGAUGUCAGCAAAUGGAAUCUCGGGAGAAAAGGAAAACACAGAGUUUGCGGAAACGGAAGAUUUAGAAAAAUCCUAUGCAUCACAGCACAUAAAUGAGGAAGCAGCUGAGGACACAACUUACAACCAGAAUAUACAAAUUACAACAGAGGAAAAAGUUGAUUCAGCACCUGAAGAUGAAGCCAAAUCUCUUACAAUUCUUCAAAGCGACUCCGAAAAAGACGUCGAUGAGUCUGUUGAUGUGAUAAGCGAUAACAAUGAAGAAACUUUACACGAAUCAGAUAUAGUUGACGUUUCCACUGGAGAGGAAUGCAACAUUAUAUCCGAUUCAUCAGAGAAUACCGACAUCAGAAAGGAAAACGAGGAAGUGUUAUCUCACGACCUUGUUUUCAACCAGAACCUACCGAUUUUUUCUGUGGAAUCCGCUUCUGUGAUAUCAACUAAUGAAACAUCCGGAGAAGUGGAAAACAUAGAUAACACCGAAAACAAAGACAUAGACAAAGUAGUUCCGGAUGAUGUUGAUAUCGGCGAUGUCUCACAGGAAAACACAGUAGACAAAAUUGAAGAUAAGGAGAAUAAUCAUGAUAGAGUUAAUCCUGUGUUGGAAAUUUCAGCUUUGGCAACAACAAAUGAAGGACCUAGACUCAAUGUUGCUCCGAUUUCCCCGGGAGAAGACAUCACAGGCACAAUGGAGAUAGAUGAAGUGGCGUCCGCUGAUAUGAAGUCUGACAUGAACACUACGAUUACAACGGAGCAAGCGAAUAACGAUAACAAGGAUGAAAAAACGGAUGAAAAUAUUUCAAACAGCUUUACAGAUGAUACCGCGCUGGAUCAAAGUGUUCAGAUGACAAAUAGCGAAAACACAGGACCAGAGGAAACAGGGAAUAUCACAGAAAAUGCGGGCCUUGAUAAAACUUUAUUGGAGACGAUACAGGAUGCGGAUAUGACAGAUGGUACCAAAAGAGAAAUAGUCAACGACAAUGUUCUCAACAAGAGUCUCAAGGAUGAGUCGUUCGAAUUAGAUAAUGUGAUGUCAGCAAAUGGAAUCUUGGGAGAAAAGGAAAACACAGAGUUUGCGGAAACGGAAGAUUUCGAAAAAUCCUAUGCAUCACAGCACAUAAAUGAGGAAGCAGAUGAGGACAAAACUAACAACCAGGAUAUACAUAAUACAACAAAGGAACAUGUUGAAGAUGCAGCUAAAUCUCUUACAAUUCUUCCAGGCGACUCCGAAAAAGACGUCGAUGAGUCUGUUGAUGUGAAAAGCGAUAACAAUGAAGAAACUUUACACGAAUCAGAUAUAGUUGAGGUUUCCAAUGGAGAAGAAUGCAACAUUAUAUCCGAUUCAUUAGAGAAUACCAACAUCACAAAGGAAAACGAGGAAGUGUUAUCUCACGACCUUGUUUUCAAUCAAACUGAAAAUGAAAAUCACAAUCCUGUGAUAUCAACUAAUGAAACAUCAGGAGUAGUGGAAAACAAAGAUAUAGAUAACGUAGUUCCGGAAGCUGUUGAUGCAAGCUAUGUGUCACAGGAUAAUGAAGAAAACAUAAAUGCAGACAAGGAUCAUAAUCAUGAAAAUAUUAAUCCCACUGUGGAACUUGUAGCUUCAAUAUCAACAGAUGAAAUCUCUGGAAUUAACAUUACUCCUUCUACAUCAGGAAAAGACAUCACAGGCACAAUAGAUACCGAUCAAAUGGCGUCCACUGACCUGAAGUCUGGUAGCAAUUUUGAAAUUGCAACUAAUGAACCAUUGGAACUGACACCGUCGUUAAUGAUUCCAGACACGUCGUCAAUCGACAAGAAAGAAAAAGAACGCAUAAACCCAUCGUCACCAGUGUUACAGAAUUACGAUAAGAAAAACGAGAAAGCUGAAGUGAACCAAUUGUAUCCGAUUAAAAAUGACAUUCCCCUGGAUCGAAGUGCCCCGUUGUCAAGUAAAGAAAUCACGAAGCAAGAGAAAAGUAAAGAUAUUACAGAAAACGCAGUUAUUGGCAAAACCUCAAUGGAACCGAAACAGAAUGGCUACAUAUCAGGAAAAGAAAACACUGAUGAAGUAGAAAACGAAGAUUUGGACAAAACAGCAUUGCAAUUUCUAAAUUCUGCUCUGGAUAGAAAAAUGGAAACAGCUGAGGCAAUGUGUCAAAAUCAGGAUACAAUACCCUCUUUGGAACAAGAUGCAGCGGUGUCUGUAGAUGAAGCCAAAACAAUAUUUGUUGUUCCUAACGACUCUGAAAAUAACGCUGAUGAGUCGGAUGAUAUGAAAAACUGGAACAAUAUUGUACCGACAUCCAAAUCAACUGAGCAUGAAGACAGUACAAAGGAUAAUAAUGAGGUAAUAUCUGACAACAUUGUUCCCAACCGGAGGCCUCGUGGUCCUUCUUUGGAAUCAGUUUCUGUAAUAUCAACAGAUGAACCUUUCAGAACAGAGGAAAUCAUAGACAAAAGUGAGAUAAAAGAUACGAACAAUGACGCAUUAAAAUCUGUAGGUACUGAAGAUUUCUCACAGGAUAAGAAGGAUAUGUCUAAAGACAAGGAUACCAUUCACGAUACAAUCACAAAUGAUCACAAGGGACAAAUAACAGAUGUUCCGGGUAUCAUAUCUACUGAUGAAUGCGGCAACAUUUCUAAUGGGAUUAUAGACAAUACUGCCAUGAAUCAUUCUGCAAAAGAGCGAAAUUCUUACAUCACGGAAGAUGUUGAUGUCAUCCACGAUUUACAGACACAAACAGUCAUGAUUUACAAUGACGAUGCAUCUGAGAAAAACAACGAUGAAAUGUCGAAAACUAAUGAAAUAAAAACUGACAAAGACAGGGUUCAGAAACCGGUUAAUCCUUCCUCAGAAGAAGAUUUUGUGGAAUCAACAGAUCAUGCCACUACCGUAAAUGACCUUCCGGUUGAAACAGAAAUCAACAUUCAACGUUUACGUGAUGCAGAUGAACAAAAUGUCCCCGGCGAUAGCCUUAAUUACUCCAUUAAGGUUGAUUCUAAAGAUGUCAUGCUCGAUAAAGAGGGAGGCGCGAAGUCAAAAUCCCAAGGAAAGUCUGCGAGUACAAAUAACGUUAAUGACCGAGAGGAGAAUUCAGACACCGAAGAGUACAAAGAUGCUUUGGAGUAUCUACCAGAAAAAGACAAGGAGGAAGAAUUUACACUUGCACCAGAACAGAAAACCGUCGAUGUAAAUGUCAAUCUGAAAUCUAAGAGACAAAAGAAUGCAAAGUUAUCGCCCUCAAGAGACCCACCAGGAAUUAAAAAGAGGACUAAAAUUAGUACGAAAGAUGCAGCCAAAAGAGAUUCUGUAAAAUCCAGUAACGACAGAGAAGAAAAGGGCCGUAAAGAAAUGAUUAAACCACAGCAGAGCAGUUUUAAAAGCAAACCAAAAUACAGAAAUCCGAACGCUUGGAAAUAA